GACCACCAAACCAUAAAAUCUCAAACAUUUAAAAACAAACGUGCAGAAAAGAAAAGCUGAGAAAUGCACCAUGAUGCACAAACUAGACAUCUUGAAUACGAGAAAAGAUCGGGGGUAUUGUCCUGUCUUUUGUAUCUUCGUUUUUUGUUCUUUGAUUUCUGUUGAUUAAUUCAAUAUUCGUGGUAGGUUAUUUACUUGGUCGGCCAGUCUCAUCGUUGUCCUCCCCUUUUCCGUUGUUAUAACUCUCAUUCUGCUUUGAGUAUGCAUAUGAAGUGGUCAACUUAUCCCUCAUCGUUUUGAUUCCGUUUUGAAACAUUUCCCUCAUUCUGUAUUUCAUUCUUGUCCGUUACACUUCGAGCAGCCAUACCACAUCACAGCACACACGACGUUGACAGAUUAUUCCGGGCCUCGGCCGGCAAGUCCUCCAGAAUGAAGAAAUCCUCACUGCCGCCUAUUCCUUUGGUCCUCUUGUUUACGACCAUUAAUAGAGUCGUCGCACAAAAAGAUAACGGAGAAGAUUGUUCGUGUUUUCGAACGGAUAGCGCAUCGUCUGGAUAUUUCACGUACCAUCGAUUUCAUGAUUUUCGAACAGUAGCAGCAGCUUCGCAGACUGUGCCCAAUUUGAUCUCGAAUGAAAGUGAUACAUCCAAUGCACUGGCAACGUCGGAAUUCUUUUCAGGACAGGCUUGGAAUAAUGAUUGGUCGACGCAGAAUUGGAAUAAUAGUGAUUCAAUGGAGAGUGGAAGUGGUGUGUUGAUGGUUAAUUCGGCGAAUAAUGUAUACAUUGAAACCUCUACCGAUAAUGAUACCGCCUACGAUACCUACCUUACCCUCCGCACAGCGCGUCUCGAGGGCUUCCAAUCCGUUGCCGAAUUCGACUCCAACGAGAAAAAUUUCCAAUAUAUGUCUGCCCGAUUUUUAGCUCGAGUCGUCGGUUCCGAGGGAGCGUGCGCAGGAAUGUUCACUUACCUCGAGUCUGAGCCUAUCCAAGAAGCCGACAUUGAGAUCCUAACAUCUGGUCCUCGUAAUGUGGUCCAAUACACAAACCAACCUUCCCUAAAUAAAGAAGGUGAUGCCGAACCCAGAGCUACAAGCAAUGCCUCAACUGCAGACGGUGCUAUGGACUGGAGUGUUUGGAAUAUAUAUCGAAUGGAUUGGAUGCCCAAACAGACAUCAUGGUAUGUUAACGGCGAAAGUGUGGCAAAUAUUUCGUACCAGGUUCCAAAGGAUCCAAGUGGUCUGAUAUUAAAUAUGUGGAGUGAUGGAGGGGAAUGGACAGGAAAUAUGAGUUUGUUUGAUGAGGCUUUCCUACAUGUUCAAUGGAUUGAAUUGGCUUUUAACACUAGCGGGGAUUUUGCGGGUAGCAAGAGGGGCCUGGAGAAGAGGAAAAGUAAGGGCUGUAAGGUUGUUUGUGGAAUUGAUGAAGGGGUUAAUGUUACGGGUACUCCGGCGUUGUUGAUCAAUAAUACGAAUGCGGCGGCAUUGGGAUGGAAGGAGGGGACAGGCUGUAUGGGGUGGGUCCCUGUCUUUGUGGUUGGGUUGGCUGCUUUUGGGUUGUUGUGAUAUUUUCGCUAUACACUUAGAAUAUAGCACGAAGAGUCAAUAGCUGGCAUCAACGUUUGAAAUAUAUGUCUAGAUUAUAUUUCAACCAUCGAUGUCAUGAUAUAUAGUCGGAUAUCACAUGGUUGGGUGUCAAGGGGGAGGGAGCGAGCUCUCUGUUUUAAUAGUUAAUGAUUUAAUGAAUGUGAAAAAAAUACUCAUCUAUCACA